AUGGGUGCCACCAGCAUAUCUGGGACGUGCAUCCAUUGUUUACAUGUUUUGCAAGGUGUCCCACCUAUAUAUUUGAUUGGUUUUCUUCUUUGCACACUGACUGGGCUUCUGAUUCUGGGUUAUGUCUUCGUCUUCCUCCUUGCACCAGUCCCGAGAUUCCCGUUUCCCGAAGAGAAGAACUAUCAAACUAUCUUGGCUGAUGGAUCUAUCACGCCGCCCACAUCCCUUCCUUGCUGGUGCGACAAUCUGCACGCAAAGCCAAAGAUACCAGAAGAUGCCGAGCUUUUCCUAUCUGUAGUUGUUCCCGCGUAUAACGAAGAAAAAAGGCUACCAGGUAUGCUAGAAGAAGCAGUCAAUUAUCUCGAGCGGACAUACGGGACAUCGGUGCUACCUAAGACAAACGGUGCAGAGAACGAAAAGGAGUAUAAACUGGACGGGGUGGGAACGACACGUAAACGUAAUUUAAACGGUGCUGGGACUCCAAAGACCCAGUCUAUGUCUAUGAGAGGAUGGGAAAUAAUCAUAGUAUCCGACGGGUCGACAGAUAGAACCAUUGAGACCGCGUUGGCAUUUUCAAGAGAUCACCAACUAUCCUCCCACCCAAAAGGCCAUGCGGGGCCGUGGACCCCAACCUCUGGGGAAGGCGCACGCAUUCCACCCGGGACAAUCCGAGUAGUCAAGCUCACGCAAAAUAGAGGGAAAGGAGGAGCAGUAACUCAUGGGAUGAGACAUGUGAGAGGCCAGUAUGUUGUCUUCGCUGAUGCCGAUGGCGCCAGCAAUUUUAACGACCUCGGAAACUUGGUCAAGGCUUGUCAAGAAGUUGAAGAUUCGUCACUGCGAGGGAUUGCCGUGGGAUCCCGGGCGCACCUGGUAGGAAGUGAUCUGGUGGUCAAGCGUUCCAAGCUCCGAAAUUUUCUAAUGCAUGCCUUCCACCUUACAAUUCGUCUACUUACGCCUCCACAAACAGCCCGCAUAAAAGACACACAGUGUGGAUUUAAACUUUUUUCCCGUGCUACUCUACCUUUCAUUAUUCCCCAUAUGCACUCCGAAGGCUGGAUCUUUGAUGUGGAAAUGCUUAUGUUAGCGGAAUUUUCCCGUAUUCCAGUCGUGGAAGUUCCCAUAGGCUGGAGGGAAGUAACAGGCAGCAAACUCAACGUCAUUUGGGAUAGCAUUGGCAUGGCAUGGGGCUUGGCGAUGCUGAGGGCUGCAUGGGGUUUGGGAGUCUACAAAAGAGCUAUGUAG